GGUACACACACGGAAAGAUUUACAAGAAAGGCCAUGGGUUUGAGGUAGAUGUUUUCAAAAGUCACAGGUAACAGAUUGUUGGGAGAGAGAGCAAUGAUGGGGAGGGAGAUGAUGUUAGACUACUUGGCCGGGGCUCUCUCAGGUUCUGCUGGUGUGUUGUUUGGCCACCCAUUAGACACUGUCAAGUGUCAGCUGCAGGUCCAGCUAGCAGGGAACCAGUACAGGAGCCUGAGGGACUGCUGCCUCACCAUCCACAAGCAGGGAUUGGCAAGGGGUUUCUUCCGUGGACUGUCAUGGCCUCUUUUCUCCUACGGUCUUGUGAACUCUGUAUUCUUCGGCACGUACGCCAGCACCCUGAAGGUACUGGGCUCCCAUACUGGCCACUCCAAGGCCCCAGAAUUCCUGCCCAUCCUAGUGGCUGGGAGUGUUGGGGGCGUGGCCCAGCUCUCAGUUUCUGUGCCAAUAGAGGUGAUCAAGGUUGUCCUGCAAUCACAGAUUCCCCAUCCUGACAAGCAGCACAAAGUGUCCGGCAUCAAUAGGGACUACUACAAGGGACCACGGGAGGGUGCGCUGGACAUAAUCCGUUCUCAGGGUGUCAGGGGCAUGUAUCGGGGCACCAUCACCCAGAUGUAUCGAGACGUCCCUGCAAGUGCCUCAUACUUUCUUGUGUUUGAAUAUUGCUCAUACUACAGUCACAAACACCUGUCAUUCCUCAAUAGCCAGUUAAUUGAUUUUGUGUCUGGUGGCCUUGCUGGUGUGUUGAGCUGGACCCUAAUUACUCCCCUUGAUGUGCUCAAGAGUCGUGUCCAGGCUGACGUGAAAGGGAACAUGUAUUCAGGCCUCUGGGACUGUGCGGGCAAGAGCAUCAAGCAGGAGGGUAUUCGGGUUCUCUUCCGCGGGUACUCCGCUGUAGCAACGCGAGCAUUCCUUGUGAACUCUGUUACAUUGUUAGUGUAUGUUGAAUUGUUGAAGGCUUUUAAAGUGAAUGAAAGUAUUAUGUAAACAAGGACUGUGAUAUUCAAUUGAUCGACUGGUAUGUGCUCUAUACUUCAUUAGUUUGUGUUGAAUUGUUAAAGGUUUUUAGAGUGAAGUUUUGUGUAAACAAUGUGAGAGUUGAUGGUUUAAAAUGAUACUGGCAAAUACAUUUGUUAAAUAAUUUCCCUUGACCAACGAGACUUGUCUGUACUUGGUGCUCAUGUAAAGAAAUAAUAUAGGGCUGUCAUCAUAGUCAACAUGAUGAUUUUGUAAUCCUACCUCAUUUUAGCUCAACUAUUGGAAAUAUAAGGAGAGCUAUACUACUCACCCUAGCGUCCUUGUCACACCUUGGUUAAGGUUUUGCAUGUAAGCACCUUCAAGUAAUUAUCUCUGCAAAUACAUCAUACAUGUAUUGCUUGAAACUUCAGAAAUUAAUUACAAACUAUCCAACCUACUGAAGGUAUUACACCACAAAUAAAAACCGCCACUUGAAACUCACAGGACAACAAAUUUUAUGAGUGUUUCAUGGUACAGGUUCGAAUCCAUCCUUUUUAAAAUAAUCUUGGUUUUCAUUCAUUUGCUUAUGUUUUUGGCAUUAGUUUAAAUGGUAAUAAAAGAAUAUUUGUACCCAUCAAUUUUAGCUUCUUUAGAGAUGUAAUUUCUUGCAGGCUCGACUGAAAUAGCUGGUUGAGAAUAUCAAACUCCUUUUUUUUUCAAAAGAGAUGGGAAAACAUUUUUUAUUUUUUUGGCAUAAUGUUACCAAACGGAUAAAACUUUAAUAUAUAUAUUGACCAAAAGAUUGAUUAUAUUUGUUGAUGAUGUUAUCAUGAAUGAAUUCUUUCUGAAAGUAAAUACUAGUAAAUGUUUUGUUAUGCUGAAACCACAUUAUUACCAAACUAUUCAAAAAUAAAAGAAAUAAAGAAGUUUUUUUGUCUUUUGGGUGACAUCAUUUUUCUCGAAUGUUCUGAAAUGUGGUUAGGGUAAUUUAAGUUUUAAUCAAAAUAUUCUUUGACAGUUAAUUUCUUUUCAAUUUCAUUUUUGAAUAAGUUUUUCCUGGAAGCACACACCAGUCAAUAACUCGGCAACUACUUGAUUUAUUGCAUUGAAAUGUUAAACAAUCAAGUACGGUAACUCUAUCUGGCAUAUUAUGCAAAUUUUGCUGAUUUAUUAUUUGACUUAGAAAUUCUGGGUAAGGUUUUUUUUUUUUUUUUAAUCUAAUUUUACAGUGAUCCAUGCCUGUUUUACUUAAUCUUUAAACUUAAAAUCUGUGAAAAGGUUGAA